UCCCCAAGCUGCACGCCCGCGACAUGUUCCUCACCCAGAGCGAAUCCUACUCGCACCUCCCCUCAUCCAACACAACCACCGAAACACCCCCCCUCCACGACCUCGUCGGCGCCAUCUACACCGACCCAAAACGCCCCGCCGACGCAGGCGUCUACAUCCCCACCGGCGACUUGAAAUGGACAGCCACGCAGACGCCCCGCGGGUAUCGAUUCCAACUAAAACGAACCUCGGCUUCGGCCCGCCCAGCCAGCGCCAGCGCCGGCGCCGGCGGAGACGGAAUCACCACCUCCGACGCCCCUCCCUCCAGAGGCCAGGGCCAGGGCCAGGGCGGACCUGAAUCUCUCGACAUCGCACUCGACUGGGAGCGACGCGCGCGCACCUCCUCCGACGAGACGACCGACCCCAGCAGCAGCAGCAGCAGCAAACCCGACCGUUUCGUUCUGAACGUCGCGGACCAGCCGCACCUGCGCCGGCCGUGGCUCGCCACGCUCACCAAGAAGGGCUUCAUGGUCGGCGGCUGGGACCGCGGGCAGCGGGCCUUCCUGGCCGAGCGACUCGCCGUCGACGACCAGGCCCUGUAUACCUGUUUCUUGGCGCUGGGGGUGUAUGUGGCGCGCUUGGAGGGGUGGGUUUGAUUGAGCCCGAGCCUGUCUGAGAUGCGGUGUGUUCGGGAGUAUGGAGGUCCGUCCGGAUCCUAUCCUACAGCGGAGGUUCCGAGUUCCGUGCCUGCGGUGACAGACUUCUCCGUGGUCCGCGGGGCGGGAACCCUUUAGCUCUGUUGUUUAGGGGCGCUGGAUUCGGCGCUAGUGAGCUAGGGCUUAGCCUGUGGUUCUUCUUGAUUUUUUCUUUGUUUAGAAAGUGCUAGCUUGCUAGGUAGCUAGCUGGUGUUUUUGGUUUCCA